UGCACAUAAUAAUUACUAAUAAAGUAUUUGGAUGCAUUCCUUAAAUUAUUAUAUCAUUGGUUGCCAUAGAAAGGAUUGAAAGUAACAUUGUGAUAUUGACACAAGCAGCAAAUAAUAGCUUUAAUUUAUAGUUGUGUAGAUGGCAUCACAGCAGUAAAAAUUAAAAGUGUCCUCUUCACCUUAUCCAGGUGUACAGAUAUUACGACGUGGGACAUGUUAAAGCCACCCUUUUUGUUUUUUGGCAAGGAAAAGCAUCUUAUUGCCUCUUCUUCAUAACUAAUUCCCAGCCCGCUUUCUUAGGUUCAGCGUUAAAGAGCUGUGAUUGGAUUGUGUUAUUGUCUUACCCUAAGUGCCUUUGUUUUGAUUAGUUAUCCUCUUAUUUUUACCUCAAACCCAAAUAAAAUAAACAGCUUCCAGCCCAGGGAGGCAAUGGCCACAAGGAAGUAAAAAAAAUGUGCCCAUGUAAUUUGAGUUAUUAUUUGAGUCAAACAAUAUCAAACUAAUUUCACAUCAAUAAAAAAGGCACACAAAAUAAAAAUUCACCAUGCCGUUAAGGGUAAAGAUAAGGUGUCUUUUGUUUAUUUUUCAAGGAUUUGACAACCCUACUGUACAUCCAGAGGGGACAGAUAACAAGUGCUGAUAAAUGCUCUUCAAAUAAUCAAUUCAUUGAUGAAACAUUUCUGGGAUUCCUAUCACACACCUGCUUGCAAUCCUUCUGACAUCCCUGAUCUGCAGCCUGCAGUAAAUAUUUGAUAGACAUUGUGUCAGUGGGGCUCCCUCCCACUCCACUUCCCAGCCUUCAUCCCCUCAGCUCAGAGUCGACAGCAGCACAAGCAGCAGACAGUCUUUCUUCACUGCUGCUAGUGCUCACAUCUAAACGCGUGCGUGCGUGUGUGUGUCUGUGUGUGUCCUUGUAUGCAUGCGUCUGUGUGUGUGUGUGUGUGUGUGUGUGUGUGUACAUGCUGCAAAGGAAAAGUUAGCCAUCAGACUGGAGUCGCUCAGCCUUGCCAGUGGAUGGACUUUAUUCACUGGCGAGCAAGGUGGCAUCAUGAAAAGUUCCACGCCGGGUGACCCACCUGAAGAGUGCAGGAGGAUGGAGCAGCAGGGAGCCGAUCAAGUUGCAGACGCCGAAAGCCUCCGAGGCAGCCCGGAGGAAGGGGGUGACGGAGGGGAGAGUCCCAUCCCGCCAUGCAAAAUCAGCCUUCUGGAUGUCAAUGGCAGCCCGGACAGUCCACAAACCCGACUUAAUACCGACGCACCACUGAGGCCGCUGGGAGGUGUGACCAUUCCUGUGUACUGCGUGGUGGAGCACGCGGAUGUGGGCGUGGCCAACGAGGGACGCGGUCACCGCCAUGCGGAAUUUGUGCUCGUCCGGAAAGACGUCCUGUUCACACAACUGGUGGAGACGGCGCUGCUAUCCUUGGGAUACUCGCACGGCUCGGUUGCACAAGCUCGAGGUAUCAUCAAGGUGGGCCAUUGGAAGCCGAUGCCCAUCCACUACCUGACAGACGCUCCAGAGGCCACAGUAGCCGACAUGCUGCUGGACGUCUACCACAUGGUCACACUGCGGAUCCUGCUGCACAGCUUCACCCGGCUGGAGGAGCUGCCCUCAGAGCAGUGGACGCACGCCACCGUGAGGAAGGCCCUCAGAGAGCUGCUCGGCGAGAAUGAUCAAAGUGCUCUGGCUAAGGAGUGCCCGCUUUCCCAGAGUAUGAUCUCUGCCAUCCUCAACAGUUCCUACUAUGUCAACAUCUCCAUCUCCAAAUGCCAGGAAUUCGGACGCUGGUACAAACGAUACAAACGCAUCCAAGGUGAAUAUGCCGACAAAAUGUGGCAGCCCCAGGACAAAUAUGACGUAAAAGUUGAGAGAGACUGGGAGCCACGUGUCCUCAGCACGCGUCUUCCCUCGUUUUUACCCUACCUGGGCGGCGCCCGAGGCAUCAAAGCUCACCUCAUGGACCCGCGGGCGUCCAACCUGCCACAUCAGUCCCCCAGCCCUCCCCUGCGCCCCCAAGCUCUACCUCACCUGGGGCACGCUGGCCUCCUGCCCCCGCAGCUCAUGCGCCAUCAGCUGGCCAUGGCGCACCUCAUCAACCAGCAACUGGCCGUCAACCGCUUGCUCUCCCAGCGUCCUCCGCAGGCGGUCCCCCAGCAAUAUGUCUCACAAACGUGCAAGGGCCCUGCAGAGCCUUCCGCCACCUGUUCAGGCGCCGAAGUCUCCCCCGACAUCUACCAGCGAGUAAGGAAUGAACUGAAGCGAGCCAGCAUCUCUCAGGCGGUCUUCGCCAGGGUGGCCUUCAAUCGCACGCAGGGCCUGCUGUCAGAGAUCCUCCGCAAGGAGGAAGAUCCCCGCUCGGCUUCACAGUCGCUGCUCGUCAACCUGAAGGCCAUGCACGGCUUCCUGAGUCUACCUGAAGGCGAGCGAGACCGCAUCUACCUGGAAGAGCGAGAGAGGAACACGCACGCCAACCAAAGCCCCGUCUCCAACGGCAACACAGACAGACACAUGCUGGUGCAGACUAAGUCCAGCACGGAGACUCCACUGAAGCUGGACUCCUUGGUAAGCAUCACCUCGGUCAUCUAUGAGGAGAUCCAGCAAGAGAUGAAGAGGGCAAAGGUCUCCCAGUCUUUGUUCGCCAAGGUGGCUGCAAACAAAAGCCAGGGUUGGCUGUGUGAGCUUCUCAGAUGGAAAGAAAGCCCGAGCCCAGAGAACCGCACACUGUGGGAGAACCUGUGCAAUAUUCGCCGGUUUCUAUCCGUCCCGCAAGUGGACCGCGACCAGGUUUACGAGGAGGAGGCCAGGCAGCAGCACGGCGACAAACUCCACGCUGUCCUGCACAUCUCGGAGCCGCAGGCACCAUCUCUGCCACCUCUGAGACCUCUAUCCCCUCUGCGCGUGGACCCACCGCCCAUCACCUUUCCCGUCCUGAGCGGCUCAGAAAGCGGGCCUCGGUUCGAGGCGAGCCCUGACAUCGGAGGACUGAAAAAGGCCCGAUCAAGAACCCGAAUUUCCCUGGAGGCACUAAGGAUCCUGCAGAGCUUCAUCGGCGACGUGGGCCUCUACCCUGACCAGGAGGCCAUCCACACCCUGUCGGCCCAGCUGGACCUGCCCAAGCACACCAUUGUCAAGUUCUUCCAGAACCAGCGCUACAACUUCAAGCACCACAAUCCCAGGGACGACCGAGAGCCUCCCUCUGAGGUGGCUCCAGGGGAGAAGGGGCUGGAUGUGUGCGAGGAGUCGAGUGCGGACGGGAGAGCUUCUGCAGACACGUUUAGAAGCGAAAGAAUGACGGAUAGAGAAGAAGCAUCAAGACCAGCGACGUCAUCUUUGUCCCCGCACAGCAGCCUGGACAGCCCCAACUCCGCAGAGCAGCAGAGAUAACGAGGACACAAAUGUGACAGUUCAGUUUACACUUUGUAUUGUCAUUAUUACUUUGAUAUUCCCACUCUUAAAUGGGAACUGCACUUUUUUUUAUUCAACCAAUCAUUCACAAUCCUUAUGUAAGACAAGAACACACGUCUUUCCCUUUUUUUGUGCGAUCUAAAUAGUGGAAAAACUGCUAGUAAGAGGCGGCUAACGGGAUUUAACUAUUCAACCUACAAAGCGCUCUAAAAAAGAUUUUUUUUAAAACGCCAACAAAGCUACGUUUACAUGCCGUGAACCGCAUGUUAUUGUAAGAGCUAACACUGAGGAACUACUUUUCUGGCAUAGUGACGCAUCGCCUUGCUCAUCCCGCUACUCCGACCACUAGCGAGUAGCCAGCUACUAUAGCUAAUAGCUAGCUAGAGCUGCUAAAAAAACAUCACUUACUGCUUCUACUGCUGUAUUGCCUUGAAAUGAAUACAAGUGCAUGCUAGAUUAUAAAUCAUGCAUAGGGACAAGCGGUAGAAAAUGGAUGGAUGGAUGGAUGGCAUCUUACCUUUACAGUAGAAGGUUUUUGGCAGCAAGCCAAGAAGCUAAUACAUUUUUUAAAUUCACAUGAUACCGACUUGAUACUGCCGUAUUUUGCGGACUAUAAGCCGCUACAUUUUUCCUACACUUCGAGCCCUGCGGUUUAUAAAACAGUACGGCUAAUUCAUGGCUUUUUCUUCGCUAAUGGUGUUUUAUAAUAGUUUUAUAAAACACCCACUGAGAUACUGAAAUGGUGUGUUAUUUUUUUGUUCCGGUUGUUGUUCGCCCACUGCACUCACUACAGUAUUUCCUUCUGUUUAGGGCUUUCAACCGGAAGUACAAGUGCCGUUCUGUUUACUCGUCAUCCAUAGCGUUACUUCAUUCAUCACUCCGAGCAACAUUUGUAAGUUUUAAAAGUACAACUAAAACAAUUCAUACUUACCGGUAUUACACAUCUUGGUAGUAGUGUUUUCAUACAUAUGUAUACUUCUUAUUGUAAUCAAGCAUUAGCUAAUAUGCUAACAAGUUUACAAGCGCCUGCGUUAGUAUUAUUAACUUACAAUGGCUUUCUUUUUGUAUUGUUUUAUUUUCACCAAUUCCUCAGUAAAUUCACCAAAACGUCUGUUUAGCUGAUUGGUGAGCUAGCUUCAGCAGCUAGUGGAUCCAUGAGAUGACUUGUGUUUUGUUUGAUCAGCCGUUUUACUGCCGCACGAAAGCUACUACUGCUAUGCACUCUGUGAAAUCACGCGCCCAGGAAAGAAGUCAUCCUUAAAACAAGCAAAAUAUUGUGAAUAUUACAAGAUAUGAAUGUGCCUGUUACUACCUUACAUACAUACUUAGAGCAUGUAUACACUGCUAAUUUGGAGGGUAAUUAGUGUCUUUAUUACUAAAGUUUUUUUUGGACACUGAAUUUAUAUAACUGAAUUUUUUGCGCUUGAAUUUUUUUUAACGUGAUUUAUUUUAUUUUUUUUACAUCAAAAUAAAGUGACGAUUUCAUUGAUUAAAAAAUGUGUGCGCAAAAUGUUUUAAAAAUUAAGUUUGUUAAAAUGCAAUGUCUAAAAAUUCAGUGUAAAGAAAUUCAGUGCAGAAAUAAUUGUUGCUUCAAAACUCAAGACAUGGUCACAUGACUAAAAACCUGACACCUCAUUGGCUGCUUCUUGGACAAGAUGGAUUGCUUCAGUCUUAAUUUACCAGAAGUCAGUCUCCAGUUUUGAACCAACACAUUUUUCAGCGCCAAAUUUUCAUACACUGAUUUUUUUACACAAAAUUUUUAAAACUAGUUUUUCAAACACACUUUUUUCAAUGAAUUUUUUAGCAUUAAAAUUCAUAAAUUCGAUGUAAAACAAAAGAGCUUUCGCAAUAAAGACACAAAUUAACCUCCAUAAUAAAAUAUUGUUGGAGGUUUUUGCAUAGAGGAGUCCUAACUGCUUUGAUGACAGCCAUAUGACAGCCUUAAGUCUAUUCUGCUUUAUAGGCAGAAUAGAUCGUACAGCCAUUACCUGCAUUGUUAGCCACCUCUUGCUGUCAGGUUCAAACACUGAUGACAUCUAUUAAACAAGACAAGAAGCAAAGAAUUAAACAGAGACAGAAUUCAAUUUGGCCUCAAUUUGAGGAGAGUCGCCUGGACACUGUACCCUUCUACAGUGUCACAGCACGCUCUUCCAAAAGAUUGCAAGCCUCCUUCUUUUAUUUGGACCUUCCCUGACCACAUGGCCACAGCCGUUUCUAAGGGACGGGGGUCGUAAACAGUUCACAGAAAAGGUCGGUUCAAAAAAGAGGUUGUAAAAGAGUUCAAAAAGAGAUUCGUAAAACAGUUGAAAAAGAGGUCGUCUGGAACUUGGGCAGAUCCUGCCUUCACUCCGCUUUGUAGUCCUUGGGUUAAAACAAUAUCUUUCUGUUGAUUAAAAUACACGAAAGAAAACAGAAACCCCUUCAUGUUGCUUUCCAUCCUACACAGUGGAGUUUUACAAGCCUUCUUGGUAGGUUCAAAGACAGCUUUUGUGUUCUUGCCAGGAACUCAUUUCAACACACAGUUUUUGUGAUAACUUAGAUAAAAUUAUUCUAACACUUGCUAGCAGUUUUUCACUAUUUAGAAUGCACAGAAAAGAGAAAACAUGUGAAUGAUGGGCAAAAUUCCCACCAAAAAAAGUGCAAUUCCCCUUUAAUGCAAUUGUCUUGGGACACUGAAACCUCCACACCAACUCAUGGAGCCACUUCCAUGUUCCUCUUAUGAAUAUAUUUAUAAUUUAUUGUCCCAUUAUUGCUGCAUCCAAUGAUAUACAUGUGAACCAACAAUAAACAUCAGUAUUUAUUACUACUACUAACUUUAUAUUUCC